AUGGAAGACCUUCAACGUACAGAUAUGCAAAAUUCCGAUUCAAGUUUGUCAUGCGGAGCCACAGGAAGGAAAAUGGUUGUUUCGAAGCCCACUGUCAAGAAGAGGAACGAGGAAGCAGGAUCCCUUCGAACUUUGAGUGAUAAGGAACUUGAAAAGAUGACAACCAAGCAGCUAAAUGAAUACACUCGACACAUUCCUUCGCAACAGGCCCAGAAGCUCAAGAAAAGGAGAAGAAUUCUUAAAAACCGCAGAUACGCUUUGAAGUGUAGACUGAAGAGCAUUCAAAAGAAAAAAACCACGAUAGAAGAAAAUCAGUCGCUAGAAAAUGAGCUGUCUGCAACGAGAAGAGAUCUUAAAGUGAUUCUCAAGGAAAGAGAUUACUACCGAUCCAAAUGUGUUCAACUCUACAGUGAUGUCUUCGAGAGGUUUUAUCCAAGCAAUUCGACAAAAUCCGGCAAAUUUUCUCCUUGA